AUGGAGAAAAAGGAGAGCGCUUUCGCUUUGAUGUUCUGCACGGUGGAUUACAAAGAACUCUGCGAAGGCAUCCGCAAUCCCGGAACAAGCUCCGGGUACCUGGAGUUUAAAGAAGACGUUCCCACCGCUUACCCGGAAUCUGCUAAAAGUAAACCCAGGACCAGCGCCAAAGCCUCCCUCACCUCGGGCUCCGCGUCUCUUUGCCAGGCCUUCCUUCGACUUCCUACUUCGAUUCGACAGCAGCGCUCAGAAGGAAAGGACAGAAAUGGAGCGAGUGUAUCCUUGCUUGGCUCUGCCUCACCACCCCCGAAGUCUGAUAUCGAAUCGCAACCCCUAACUAAAGCCAAGACGGUUCUGAAACACGGGUUCAAGCCUGGAGACCACGAUCUGGAUCCCCGAGUCGACUCCAGCCCGCGUUAUGAAGAGCCCCUGCAUUCGCACGCACGUGUGCAAGUGUGCCUGCGAAUCAUUCACGUGUGGUCACCCAGACGUGUCGAGACGAAUGGGAACCCACAGUGUCUAAACCUUGCAAGUAUCCCCGACCUCCCAACACAGCGACAAAGCACCUCCUGGCUUAAGAGCGGCACAGACACCCUCUAUGAAAGCAAAACGUUUACCUUGAAAUCGCCGUUCUCCGCUGGAUCAAAUCGGCACAGCCAUUCAGUGGGGGCUGGGUCCCCUCCCCCUCCUGCCCGGCGCUUCCCCGCCCCCAUUCACCUCCCACCCGCUCUGACAGCCCAUCGCCAAACGUGUCCAGCCGAUAUUAAACUUGAGCGUUUACAACUUUAAUUCAGUUCUGGCUCGCCAGGGUCGAAGAGCUUCCCUCUCACCCCACUCCCGAUUCCCUCCUCUCUGCUAUCAAAGGAGCCCGAAAAUUUGAGCAAAUAAAGUUGAAUGAG